AUGCCAGUUGGUUCAGUUCUCGUCACCGGUGGCACCGGAUACAUCGGUGGCUUCACUGCCCUCGCCCUGCUCGAGGCCGACUACAAGGUCGUCAUCAUCGACAACCUGUACAACUCGUCUGAGGAAGUACUGAACCGCAUUGAAACCAUCUGCGGCAAGCGACCCAUCUUCUACAACGCCGACAUCACCGACGAGAAGGCCUUGGAGAAGAUCUUUGCCGACCACCCCGAUAUCGACAAUGUCAUCCACUUUGCUGCCCUCAAGGCUGUCGGCGAGUCUGGCGAGAUCCCCCUUGAGUACUGGCGCGUCAACGUCGGCGGCUCAAUCGCCCUGCUCCAAGCCAUGACCCGUCACAAUGUCACAAACAUCGUCUUCUCAUCAUCCGCUACAGUCUACGGCGAUGCCACACGCUUCGAGGACAUGAUUCCCAUUCCCGAACACUGCCCUCUGGGUCCUACAAACCCUUACGGAGACACCAAGUAUGCCAUUGAAAAGCUGAUUGGCACCCACGUCGAAGCCCAGCGCAACAACGCACAGAAGAAGGGAGAGUCGGGUGCCAAAUGGAACGGCGCUUUGUUGCGCUACUUCAACCCUGCAGGCGCACACCCCAGUGGAAUCAUGGGAGAGGAUCCUCAGGGCAUUCCCUUCAACCUCUUGCCCCUGUUGGCUCAAGUCGCUGUUGGAAAGCGCGAGAAGUUGCUUGUGUUUGGUGAUGACUACGACUCAAGAGAUGGCACUGCUAUCCGCGACUACAUUCACGUUAUUGAUCUUGCCCAAGGCCAUCUGAAGGCACUCAACUACCUUCGCGAGCACCAGCCCGGUGUGCGCGCAUGGAACCUUGGUACUGGCAGAGGCUCUACCGUGUUCGAGAUGGUCAAGGCGUUCUCGCACGCUGUUGGACGCGACCUGCCCUACGAGGUGGUUGACCGUAGACCCGGCGAUGUUCUGAACCUCACAGCCAACCCAGGCAGAGCCCAUGAGGAACUUCAGUGGGAAACCAAGUUCUCACUCGAAGAUGCGUGCAGCGAUCUGUGGAGAUGGACCGAGAACAACCCUCAAGGCUACAGACAGCAGGCGCCGAAGGAGUUUGUGGACAAGGCGAUUGCUGCUCGCAAGUAA